AUGUCAGGACCUUUGGAUCGAUUUGCCAGGCCUUGUUUUGAUGGUUCAUCUGGUAGUGAUGAGAGAAAAGAAAGAAAGUCCGAUUUCGAAAAUUCUGAGGAUGAAAGGAGAACGAGGAUUGGUUCUUUGAAAAAGAAAGCACUCAAUGCAUCUACCAAGUUCAAACACUCUCUCAAGAAAAAAGGCGGCCGAAGAAAGAGUGAUGGUAGAGUCAGUUCUGUCUCGAUUGAGGAUAUCCGAGAUGCUGAAGAACUUAAAGCUGUUGAGUCUUUUAGACAAGCCCUGAUAUUGGAUGAGUUGCUACCUGAGAAAUUUGAUGAUUACCAUAUGAUGUUGAGGUUUCUGAAAGCAAGGAAGUUCGAUAUUGAAAAAGCUAAGCUUAUGUGGGCUGAUAUGAUUCAGUGGAGGAGAGAAUUUGGUACUGAUACUAUUCUGGAGGAUUUUGAAUUCAAAGAGCUGGGUGAGGUUUUGAAGUAUUACCCUCAUGGCUAUCAUGGUGUUGAUAAAGAGGGAAGACCAAUAUACAUCGAAAGGCUGGGUAAAGUUGAUGCAAAUAAACUCAUGCAAGUAACGACUAUGGACCGUUAUGUAAGAUACCAUGUGAAAGAAUUUGAGAGAAGUUUCGCCAUUAAGUUUCCAGCUUGCACCAUAGCUGCAAAACGGCACAUUGAUUCAAGCACGACAAUUUUAGACGUUCAAGGCGUGGGUUUGAAAAACUUUACCAAGAGUGCUCGGGAGCUCAUCACGCGCCUCCAGAAGAUUGAUGGCGAUAAUUAUCCUGAGACUCUUCAUCAAAUGUUUAUCAUUAACGCCGGUCCAGGUUUUAGGCUACUCUGGAAUACCGUAAAGAAUUUCAUAGACCCAAAGACAGCCACUAAGAUUCAUGUUCUUGGGAAUAAAUACCAGAACAAGUUGCUUGAAAUUAUUGAUGCCAGUCAAUUGCCCGAUUUUUUGGGAGGAAUGUGCACUUGCGCUGACCAAGGAGGAUGCCUUCUUUCUGAUAAAGGACCAUGGAAGAAUCCAGAGAUACUUAAGAUGGUGCUUAGUGGUGAAGCACGGCGUGCAAGGCAAGUUGUUAAGAUCAUCAACAGUGACGGGAAGGUAGUAUAUGCAAAGCCUCAUUAUUCUAUGGUAAAAGGUAGUGAUACAUCUACAGCAGAGUCUGGUUCCGAAGCUGAAGACAUUGCUUCACCCAAAGCCACUAAGAGUUACUCACACCUUCGUUUGACACCAGUUCGUGAGGAGGUACGGAAGCUUCCGGAAGCUCCGGUGCAGACGAAUGAGGAAUUUACUUUCGAGACGGGCCCAAAGGAGGAGCUAAGGCCUCCAUCUCCCAUGCGUUCGUUCACAGAAGCCGAGGUGCUUUCGACAGUGAUGAAGAAGCUGGGAGAGCUCGAGGAGAAAGUGGGGUUGUUGGAAUCGAGGCCUUCUGCAAUGCCGUGCGAGAAAGAGGAACUACUCAAUGCAGCCGUUUAUCGGGUGGAUGCUCUCGAGGCCGAGUUGAUUGCCACCAAAAAGGCCUUAUACGAGGCCCUGAUGAAACAAGAGGAGCUGCUGGCUUACAUAGACAGUCAAGAAGAAGCGAAGUACCGGAAGAAGAAGUUUUGCUGGUGA